GCGUUCCGUAAUUCACUGCCAGUACUGAAAAUCUAUAGUGUACGUGACGUAAACUAUAGAUUUUCGAUACUAGCAGUGAAUUACGGAAUGCAGCCUGUAUACUGUGGCACAGUGCACAGUACGGUUUUGUGUCUUGUUUGUCAGUUUCUCACAUAUCUCAUAUUUGUAAACAAAACAUUGUAUAACAUAUAAAACCACGUAAAUUUCUUAUUAUAGUGCAUUAAUGAUGAGAAAAGUUCUCUUUACAAUUUUUUUCUUGAUUUUGACAAAUCAAGGUGAUAGCUUAUAUUGUUAUAGAUGUAACAGUAAUCAUCCUGGAUGUGGAACACCUUUAAAUUGGUUAUGGUAUUGGGGAGAAACUUGUCCAGAAUAUGAUGACAAAUGUGUGAAGAUAAUUGAACGAAAAGGAGCUGAGACAAUCAUUACACGUGAAUGCUUAAGCUCUGUACGUAGCUUUAGAACAGAUAUUCCUGCAGAUCAUUACGAGGGUUGCAGACCUGCUGCUAAAGAUGUACGAUUAGGCCAUUAUGUUAAUAAUAGUAUUCAUCAAUUAGAUAUCCAUCGUGAUUAUUACGAUGAAGUUACUUGGUGUUUCUGUUACUUCGAUCACAGAUGUAACAGUGCAGAAAAAACAACUGUUCCAAUAUUGCUUCUAACUUUAAUAAUUGCUAUAAAAUAUUUCAUAUCUUGAGGUUAUUGCGCAAUAUCUUGCAAAAUAAAAGCAUUUUUAAUAGAGCAAAAGCAUUUUAACAAAAAAAAACAUUUAAUUUGCAAAGCAUUUUAAUAAAAUAAUUCCUGAAAAAAAUUAUUUACAAGAUACAAAUAUAUCAUUAUCUUAUUGUCAUUUGACAUGUUAUAUUAUAAUGAUAUGUAAGAUGACAGAAAUUACGAUGAUAUUCUUUAAUUAAUUUGAAUGAAAAUGAAAAUUUUAAUAUGUAGAAGUUAUGGUACUUUUCAAAUAGGAAGCAAAUUAAUACUAACAACUAAUAAAAGUUUGUACAGUUAGAUAUGAUGCAAUAUAGUGAUAAAAGUAUGCACUGUGUCAUGUUUUUUUCAAUACUAGAAGAAAAGAGGACACUUUUUUUUCCAUAUAUUAUGUAUCAUAUUGUAUUUAUAUAACAUAUGUUAUAUAAUAUAUUUAUAUAACAUUUAUAUUGUAUUUAUACAAACUAUUAUUAUGAAAUUUAUUAAUUUGCUAUUUGAAAAGUAUUUUGAUAUUUUAAUAUUAGAAAUUUUUUAUAUUUUCAAAGCAUGUAAACAAUCUCUACUGUAAGAGUUUUGUUUUAUAUUUUAAAUUAUUAUUUAUAUCAUAGACAUAAGUAUAAAUUUAUGUUAAUGUAUAAUGAAUACUUUUACAAAACAAGAUUGUCACAUAUCGCACAGCCGUCCAUUAAAUAUAAUAAUUAAAGAAAAAAUUAAAUAUAAAAUAUAUUAUACAUAAUAUAUCUAUUUUGGUUUCAAUACCACAAA